AAUAACAGGUGAUACUCGCCACGAAGAGCUACCAAAGCCAUCCAGCUUUGUCAACAUCAAUUGACUUCAGCACUCAUAGCUCGUGCAGAACUAUUGMUAGCUGGCACUAGACUGGCUUUAAGCCGGUGACUACCUCGAUGUAUUUACAACACGAAAAAACCCAGUAGCUAGAYUUUGAAUUCAUAUUGUGUUGUAAACCAAGACAAAACACUGUCAAACCAAACCCAAGACUUCUUUUAGAUCCAAGUUUAAAGAAUUACAAGAUGUCAGACACCGACCUCGGGGCGGUUGAAGAAGAGAAUCCUCACAAAUUCCAACCCAAGUCCUUAAUCAUCAAGAUCAGCAUUUUCAUCAUCGUUUUAGUCAUUGGAGCAGCUAUUUUCCAAGCCAUUGAAAAAAAGAAUGACAACAUCGAUGCUGAGUCUGAAAAAGCCUUAUACGUGAAAGUCGACAUUAUUACCAAGUAUAAUAUUACUUCAGAUGAUUUUGAUAAAUUUCUUUCUGCAGUAGAAGAUGAAAUACGCCUGAAAGAGUUGGCAAAGAAACCACGUUGGACGUUCAGUAAUUCUGUUUUUCUAGCGUUCUCUAUCAUGACUACAAUAGGCUAUGGUCAUUUGACGCCCAAAACUAGCGGCGGGCAAAUCUUCUGUAUUCUCUACAGUCUGGUAGCGAUUCCAGUAGCUGGCAUUAUGUUGAUCAGCGUGGGUUCACACGUUAGUCUUGCGCUUCAAAAAUUCAUCAGUUUUGUCGAGAAGAAACUUCUACGUCGAGAAAUGGGGCUCAACACAGAAAUGAAAAGCACCGUUGUCACAUUCGUCUUCAUGAUCCUCAUUAUCAUUUUUGGCGCCAUUCUGACGUCACACACCGAUGGCUGGACAUUCGUUGAGGGGAUGUACUUCAUCUUCAUUAGUCUUUCGACCAUUGGUUUUGGCGAUUACAUCAUCAACGAUGGAGAGCUCAAUGACCCAGAUGACAAAAAAUCCGUAGCUGUUAAUUUUACCAUCGUUCUGAUUACAGUCGGGCUGUGCGUUGUUUCUAGUGUGCUAUGCUCAGUCAGCAGUGUUAUCGAAGAGAAACAAAAACGCAUGCGCAUGCAUAUGUCUGCUGGGAAUAUAGCUGGACCAGGACGUAUGGCUUUGUCGGCAGUGACCAAGAUCACAAAGACUGGAAAGAAUGAUCGUUCUGAGGCGCAGAAAUUGAACAAUGAGAACGAGCAGGUUUAAUGGCGGCUGGUGAUGAUACAGACUGAAUGUCAACUGCCUGCAGGUUUUGCAAGUCAUUUAUCAAUCAGUUCCACACACUUUUUACCAAAGCUGCUGGCUUUCUCACCACUGCCUUUGCCAAAACAUUUCAAGAAACAACAUCUUCCAUUGUCAGAUGGACAGCCGCACCACAUCACUUUUAUAUGGCAAAGCCCUUGUAGCUAAACUCCACUAUAUCUAAUUUGCGAUAUUAUUGUCUUGACAGUAGAGACGAAAAAACUUAUAUUUUAGCGAGAAACAAAAAGAAUGAUGACAUUGACGAUCAACCCAAUCUUAGUUGAAUUCAUAGUUGAAAAGAUACAAAUGUAUAGCAAGAUCCAGAAAGAUCCAGAAAGGAUGAGGUGUUGGCUGUUUAAAAUAUACUUUUUCCUUCCCCCCCCCCCCCCCCCCCCCCCCCCCUUCCCCACCUACUUCAAGCAUACACGGAUACCGACGCGCGUACACUAGUAUGGAACAACUUUGUACUCUUUCGGUGAUGUUAUAGAAAAGUUAAUAUGAAACAAGAUCGACUGUUUUCCCCCCAAUUCUUUCUACACUUUCUAUGUUCAAUAAUAUACUAUCAAACUGGCUUCAAAUAUUUGUCCUAAUACAUUAAUUUUCAUUAUAAACUUAUUUGAAAAUUUGAAUAAAUUUGAAUGUAAAUUAUUGACGUCACUAUGUUCAAGAAGACCGAAAACUACUUUGACAAUCGUUUAUAACAAGAUGCAUGAACUGGAAAUAUUCAAUAAAACUCAAUUUGCUUUUCUUUGUCAA